UUUAAGAGAAGGACGGGGAAAAAGAAACUGAAAACUUGAACUAAAACUUUGAGACAAUACAAAUAUUGAAAGCAAGUUUUCCCAUCCACAGGCUAGUCGUUGCACUCUAUUCUGUCUAUGUUCGUCUCACCCCGCUGCACAACCUACGUGGUCCUCUAGCUGUUUGUGCUUGGCAGAGUACAUUGAAAUGGUGAAUACAGCAGGAAGAAAAUAAAAGAGGGUAGGAAAGAAAGAAGUAAAUGAAGAGUCACUGUUUUCUUAGUUACUAUUACAAUAAAACAAGUGGCUGACAGCUAGGAUGAAUAUCAGGUGAACGGUUGUGUUUUGAGUGGAUAGAGUACAAAUAUGCUGGCACUUUGAGUAUAUGUAAUAAUUUCUCCUAGCUGCAGUCACUAAAUCUCCUCAUCUUUUGUUAUUAGAUCAUAACACAAAAUUGGAAUGCAAGAGACAGCAUAGCAUGUAAUUCUAACCAAUGGAAUUGGAAUUCAUUAGAGCUUGAAACGUUUUGCUACUUUCUCAGAAAAAAUUCACUACCAUAUCUUCUAUUGUAGAGGGCCUCCAAAUGAUUUCAUCUCUGAUGGAAACGUUGCUGAAAUAUAUUAAUAUAAGCUGUGAUAAUAUCAAACUGAAGCAAAAUCACUGAUUAUGCCUUCAACCUCAGUGGGAGAAUUAACGACUAGAACCAGAAUACACAGCUUAGCUACGCACGUAGUACAAGACAGAACAAAGGGAAACAAAAGACACAAUCAAACCUCACAGACCUCACCCUACGCUAGCAUUCAAGAGUCUCUCACUUUUUCCAUGCCUCCACAAAGACAGAACAACGGGAAACAAAAGACACAAUGAAACCUCACAGGCCUCACCCUACGCUAGCAUUCAAGAGUCUCACACUUUUUCCAUAGCCCACAAAGACAGAACAAAGGGAAACAAAAGACACAAUGAAACCUCUCACCCUACGCUAGCAUUCAAGAGUCUCACACUUUUUCCAUACCCCCAUGCACACCCACACCACCACUAUAUGUCGGAAUUCAUUACACUAGUUUCCCCUUUUUCUGCCAACUGAUAUCUCUGGGGUAUUAUGUUAUUAUUGUACAUGAGUGAUGGGCAUUUGCUUUGAAAAGUAUUCCAAAUCCAAUAGUUGUUUCUGAUGGUGUUUUUGCUAAAACAACUGAGGACAAUUAUGUUGAGUGCUGGAAUAAGCUCUAGAUCAAACAUAAUCUAAUUCCAAAAUGGCCAUACGCUUAUUCUUCUCUAAGCAUAGAACCUUGUGGUCUUUCUUUCAGCAUAAACCCCAUUGUUAUCACUCUUCCUCUUACACCUUAUCAUCAGAUCUUGUGAAUGAGAUUUCUCGUGUGCUCAGUGACCACCGUGAUCCCCACCAUGAUUUGGAGCACUCUCUGCAUCCAUUUUCAACUCAAAUAUCCACAAAUUUGGUUGAGCAGGUCUUGAAACGGUGCAAGAAUCUUUGUUUCUCAGCUCACAGGUUCUUUAUUUGGGCUAAGUCAAUUCCAGAUUUUCAACCUAGUGCUGAGAGCUCCCACAUUUUGGUGGAAAUCUUGGGAGCAGGCAAUCAAUUUGCCAUACUAUGGGACUUUCUCACAGAAAUCAGAGAGACCCGUUGUUGUGAAAUUAGGAGUGAACUUUUCUGGCUCAUUUUUGGGGCAUAUAGCCGUGCUAAUUUGCCAGGUGGUGCAAUACGGGCUUUCAUUAGAAUGGAAGAAUUUGGAGUUAAGCCAAAUAUUCAUGAUUUUGAUAAGCUUUUGUUUAUUUUAUGCAAGAAGAAACAUGUCAAACAUGCUCAACAGUUUUUUUAUCAAACUAAGAGUAGGUUCAAGUUAAAUGCUAAGACUUACAGCAUUUUAAUAAGGGGAUGGGGUGAAAUUGGUGAUGCAGAGAAAGCACUUGAGUUGUUUGAUGAAAUGGUUGUAGAAGGUUGUACUGUGGAUUUGCUUGCUUAUAAUAACUUGUUAGAGGCCCUAUGCAAAGGAGGUAAAGUUGAUGAAGCCACCAAGUUGUUUCAAGAUAUGAUGUCAAAAGGAGUUGAGCCAGAUGCCUAUACAUAUUCAAUAUUCAUUCGUACAUAUUGUGAUAUGAAUGAUCUGCAUUCAGUUUUCAGGGUUCUCAGUAGAGUGAAAAGAGGUAACCUCUUGCUAAAUGUGUAUGCAUACAAUCAUAUUAUAAAGAGACUUUGUAAACUUGAGAAAGUGGAAGAAGCUUAUGAAUUGUUGGAUGAAAUGAUUGCUAGUAGUGUCCAGCCAGAUGCCUGGAGUUAUAACUCAGUAUUAGCUUACCAUUGUGAUCAUUGUGAGGUCAAUAGGGCUCUUAGGUUGAUAUCCAGGAUGGAAAAAGAAAACUGUCUUCCUGACCGUCAUACCUAUAAUAUGGUGCUGAAAUUGUUGAUCAGGAUUGGAAGGUUUGAUAAAGUAAAUGAAGUUUGGGAGAAGAUGUUAGGUUGGGGUUUUCAUCCUUCAGUUUCAACAUAUGCUGUCAUGGUUCAUGGAUUGUGCAAGAAGAAGGGCAUGCUGGAGGAGGCUUGUAAGUACUUUGAGAUGAUGAUUGAUGAAGGAAUACCUCCUUAUGUUACUACCAUUGAGUUGAUGAGGAAUAGGCUCUUGGGUUUAGGUUUUUCAGAUCAAGUUGAAAUACUUACUGAUAAAAUGCGGCAGAGCACAUCUUGCACAAUCCAAGAAUUAGCAAAUGUUAUGAUGGGCACUAGAGCUCUAACAAAGUCAAGAUGUGAUGGGACAGACAUGGAAAGUGACUGAAGAAUGAAGUGGCAGUUUGGUGGAUAAGGGAAAUUGUUAUGGUGAAGUGUGCUGGACUGUAUGAACUUAGUUGUCCAUUUUAUAAAAGCAUAGCGCUCUUAGAAGAUUGAGAGUUUUGCAACUGCAAUUGACCAUGAUGCUUGCUGUACUAUGGAGAUGCUAAUGGAAGGUUCUGGGAUCAGCAGAGCAGGUGAUAGAUGAAGCAAAAUGUUGAUGGCCUUGUUUUUUUAAUCAUACCUUCUCAUGCCUGUUGCAUUACUUUCCACCUAUUGUCUUGUUAAGUAUCCCUUUAUUGCCAUUAUUUUCUUGAUUGCAUAUGUGAUUUUAAGUGACUGAGGAUUUAUUGAAUCUGCAUAUUAGGAUUCAGCUACAUUUUCAUAGAUUGGUGAUUAUUAUGGCUGAAAUCUUGAUAUGAUAAUCUCGAGAAUACCCUAAAAAAUGAAGUGAUUCCUUCUAGAUGCAAAUGAUACUUAGUUGUCUUAGAGAAACCAUUGAAGUUAUUUUGCAGUUGUAAAUCGAAAGUCCGAGGAUUUAUUGAGUCUGCAUAUUAAGAUUCGGCUACUUUUUCAAAGAUUAGUAUUUAUUCCUCUUUGUAGCUGAAAUCUUGAUAUAAUAAUCUUAAAAGUACCUUGAAAAAUGAAGUGAUUCCUUCCGGACGCAAAUGAUACUUAGUUGCCUUAAAGAAACCAUUGAAGUUAUUUUGCAAUUGUAAAUUGAAAGUCUGACUUUGCUUUCGUUAUUGCAGUUUCUCAAUUCACGUUAGAGCUAAGAGCUGCGUAGAAAUAACCUCAAUUUAUGUUAGGCCAUAUUAUCCAAGAAUUUUAUUUUCCACAUAAGAGCAAUCUACAAAGUUCCUUCCGGAGACUCAGGGUAGAGCAGUGUAUGUUUUUCGUCAUAAACUUGUGAUUUGGGCAUAUUCUUACUAUAGAAUGUGAGGCAUAAUUUUCAAGGAGCCCAUGAGAUAAUGUUGUUUCUUAGCCUUGAACAUUUGGUAACGAGUUUUGAUACUAAUAUUGUAUAAACUACGGUAAAGAAACCGAAAGCUAUUGUAUAAAUAAUAGAGAUUUGGUCAAGGGAUAUUCUUGUCCAGAGUUUUCAUUGAAUUGCCCCUUAUAAGACUAAAAGAGGUCCAGCUCUUCACUGCUGGGAUUGUUCGCCAAUGGUUCAAAGUUGAAAGAUCGUAUUUAUAUAUUUCCCUAAUAAUUAUAUGACUUACCUCUGAGCUGUUGAGUUUUCUACCUUCACACUUGUGCUUAUGGUUUUAGUUUCUGAUGUAGGCUCUACGUAGUCUUCCUUUCGCGCUAAUUCCAGGAACACUUGAAGCCCAAGGAUCUAUAAUGAGGAAUGCUCCCAUAGAGUUCUGUCCUCCCAUAAGAAGAGGAUCUGUUUCGUGGGUUGAUUCUGGACCUGAAUUCUUUAUCAGCCUAGCUAAUCACAAUGAGUGGAAGGAGGAAUAUACUUUGAUUGGCUAUAUGUUCGUUAUGUUCUAUCUAAGGAUAUGGAAGUUUUGGAGAAAAUAUCUCAACUACUAAGCAAGGUUUGCAGUAACCUCUCCUGUGUCGGAGAUGGUCCUGCUGCUCUCAGUAGUUAGUUAUGUAUCAUUUUCUACGCUGUAAAUGUAAUCUGUCUAAUCUUACUCAGUUACCCCUGUAACUAUGAAUGAAUCGGCUCUUGCCAUUGCUGCCGUUGGAUGAUGAUAUUUGUGUAGCUAACUGAUGAAAAGGAUGAA